GCUAAAGAGAAACUAAUUCCAUUUUUUUUUUCCAGAUCUCCAUGAAAUUGCUGCCAAAUACUUGACAGCAAAAAAAAAAACAAAAUCAUAACCAAAAAAGAAUGGAGAGCGGAGGAUUUAGCGCAGAAGAUCUAUCAACAAUCGGUGGCAUAGCAACUGUAUCUUUAUUACAUUCCUUCAUUCCAACUCAUUGGCUUCCUUUCUCCAUUGUUGGCCGUGCUCAAAAAUGGACACUUUCUCGUACCCUUUUAGUCACUGCUUUUGGUGCUGUCUUGCACGUCUUAUCUACAUCGCUCCUAGGCAUUACUGCAAUCACCAUAUCAAACACCAUUGCGGGUGAAGAAACCGUGCACAAACUUGCAUCACUGCUACUCGUUGUACUUGGUGGUAGCUACAUAUUAUUGUUUAUGUGUGGAAAGGGUGGUCAUACUCACGCCCACAAUCAACCCAUGGAAAAGAUGGCAGUUGCUGGACUUGUCCUCGUUCCUGCAUUGUCUCCUUGUGCAACCACACUUCCAGUGUUUCUUGCUGUUGGGAAUUCCUCCUCAAUGAUGGUACUUGCUAUCAUAGUGUUGUUAUUCAGCACCGUAGCUGUGAUGACUUCAUUGGUUGCUCUAUCGUUCUAUGGUGCUAGUCAGCUCAAGUUUCACUGGAUGGAACGUUAUGACAAGCUUCUUGUAGGAUCUGUGCUUUGUUUAGUUGGAAUCUUGACACUUAUCUUCCAUGAUCAUGAGGGUCAUACGCAUACACAUACAGAGGCAGUCUCAAUUGGAGAGCAUGUGCACAGAAAGCUCUUUAUGCUAUAAGAAUCUUUGUUAGUUUCGUAACCCUUGAGUUCCUGUAAGAAAAGAUGUUCACUUUAUGGGUAGAAACCAAUUGUACUUUCUGUUAUGUGCCCCACAGGUUUUCUGUAGUCUCCUUGGUUGUCUUGGAAUAUUUAGUUGGCAUAUAUAAAUCUGAUGUAUCAUGUAUAUGUAAAGUUAACAUCUUAUUCUACUCAUGUUUUUGGUUGGUA